AUGGCGCACACAAAAAAAUCUGCAAGAAAGAAUGCAUAUCCUUGCUCUCUAUCCUCAUCAUCCCCAUCAUCUGAAUCAAUUCAGCGUUCACCCUCUCCACCACCACGCCCAAUUCCACCACACAUUUCCUUUGAUACCUCGUUUUCUGACUACCUCUCAUCGUCCCCAGAAAAUAACCUUAAUCUCCCUAUCAAUCCCAACCCUCUAUCCAUUAUUCUUCCACCACUCUACACAUGUCCUCCUCCUAAUCUCGCUCAAGUUCUCCCUCAUCUGAGAAAACCUACGAUACCAAAAAGACGUUCCAUGAGAGUACAACAUGGCAUUGGAACCUCAAAGUCCUCCCCUGAAAAACCAUUUUACUUCAUCAUCUCAGAUUACGAGACUGAUGACUCAUCUGAUACUCCUCUUCGCACAAAGAAAGCACAAACCAAACCCAUCACUCCUUCAAAAUCUUCCUUCUUUUUCGAACCUUCUCAAUCAACUCCUGCAAAUCAAAAAAGAAGAUUGAUCAAUGAAAUCUUCUCCUCUCUUCCAAAACCAUCUCAACCUACAACUCAAUCCAAAAAAACAACAAAACACUCCAUGAAAACUAAAACCACCAUGACCAUCACGCAAUUCCUAGCUAGAAACAAACUCAACAAUCCCCAAAGAAAAAAGAUGUUUGCACCCAAACAAAACUUGAAACUCACUAAACCCGCCUCUCCAGAACAUUCUCCGUUUCUCCAAUGUUCCCCAACCCCAAAUCCAGAACAUUCUCCAGUUCGUAUCCCUUCUCGUUCUCCACAAAAAGAACGUUCUCCACAUCAAGAAUGUUCUUCUGCUAAACCAUUCUCUCCUUCACAUUCUCCAAAACAUUCUUCCCCAGUUCAUACACCUUCCCCCUCAUCAAAAUCCAAACAUUCUCCCACUAGUGAAUGUUCAUCUUCAUCCACAUUUGAAUCAUCUAAACCAUCUCCACUCACUAAAAAAAUCCAAACCAAACACUUCCUGUCAUUUCACCAAAAAACUCCAAAAAUUUCAAAGACAAAUGGGCUUAAUGCCCUAUUGGAAUCGGGCGAGUUUUUAUAUUUGAUAAACUUAAUCAAUGGCAAUGUUGUCCAACAUCAUACUGAUGCACUAGGCUGGACCUCUUUUCUCAAAACAUCUAAACAUUACUAUCUAGAUGUUGUAAGAGCCUUCUACUACAAUGCCACGACCUUCCCAGACAAAUCCCUAAUCAUCUCCACCAUUAAGGUAAUCAAGAUAAGAUUAACUCCAGCUAUCCUAGCUUCCAUCCUUCAACUGCCUACAGAAGGACCUUCUGUUUUUGGCAACAAGUGGUACUCGACUCUGAAUCUCAAAGAGACUAAAGUACUCUCUGACUUGUUUCAAGAAUGUUCUACUCGCUACCUCUCCACAUAUCUCAAACCUCUUCUAAAAGUCUUCAACAACAUGAGCCAACAUACUCUCCUUCCUCACUGUGGAAGCCACGAGUAUGUCUCUGCCAAUGAUGCCUUAAUCAUCUAUCACCUUCUAAAUUGUAAGCGCCUCAAUCUUCCUCGUGUAAUAAUUCAACACAUGAUAUAUGCUGCCACUAAGGAUUACAAGAAAAAUACCAUUCCUUAUGGAAUGAUAUUAACUAAAAUCUUUAGGCAUUUUGGCAUUCCCCUCUCCACUGAAAAAUCACUAAUCAAAAUUUCCAAAUUUUCCACAAAUAACCUCUCCCACAUGCGCAAAACAUUCUCUGAACAACACUAUAAUAGCAUGUCAACUUCAACAAGAUCAGGAGACUACUCUUUUGAGAACAUGGCUCACCGAACAACUCGCUCCCAAGCUGGGAAUAGCACAUCGCCCCUUCAUCUUAUUCCUCUGCAAGUUCCUAACCCAGGAAAAUCCUCCUCUUCUGAAGGAUCUUCUCCGUCAUUGGCUUCUUAG